GACCAGCGACGCUUCCCAGGCAACGCAACGCAUCAGCACCACCUCCGCGCUCAUCAACGCUAUGCCACCGCGAAAUAACGCCAUGUAACGCAGGAAAAGCCCAUAAAAAAGCACGUCCACAUUAAAGAAGAGCGACAGGGGACGACUACAGUUAUCUGUCAGUGCGUGUUCAGCUUUUGAGCGCAGUCAUGCCUCUGGUCAAGAGGACCAUCGAGCCCAAGCACUUGUGCAGGGGAGCGCUGCCCGACGGAGUGACCAACGAGCUGGAGUGCGUCACGAACAGCACACUGGCGGCCAUCAUCAAACAGCUCGGCGGACUCAGUCGACAUGCGGAGGACAUCUUCGGGGAGCUUUUUAACGAGGCCAACAGCUUCUACAUGCGCAUGAACAGUUUACAGGAGCGAGUGGACCUGCUGGCGGUGAAGGUCACACAACUGGACUCCACUGUGGAGGAGGUAUCCUUACAGGACAUCAACAUGCGGAAAGCCUUCAAGAGCUCCACUAUCCAGGACCAGCAGGUGGUGUCCAGAAACUCCAUCCCCAACCCUGUGAUGGAGGUUUACCAGCGCUGUGACAAACCACCUCCCCUCAACAUCCUCACGCCAUACAGGGAUGAUAAAAAAGAUGGGCUCAAAUUCUACACAGAUCCAUCCUAUUUCUUCAACCUGUGGAAGGAAAAGAUGCUGCAAGCCACAGAAAACAAGAGGAAGGAGAAACGACGACAGAAGCAAGAGCAGAAACACACGGAGGACCCUACCCGCGAGGUCAAGAAAGUCCGUAAAGCUCGUAACCGACGUCAGGAGUGGAACAUGAUGGCAUACGAUAAAGAGUUUCGUCCGGACACUCGACUGACGCCAUCACCUUACCACGGCAUGUCCUCCGAGGGCUCGCUGUCUCCAGACCGGUCCGUAUCUUCAUCUCUACACUGCAUAGACACAUUAGAGAAUGAACAUUCGUACCCCGCGAGCCCCAACCACCCUCAGGAAGUGGGUGGAGCAGGGCCUGAUGGAAAAGACGGCGGCCCCACUCAGACUCAGUCUCUGGACCGAGCGUACCGGCCGGCGGUCUCGUCCUCGGCGGCGUCAGCCCGACAGCACUCUCUGGGCCGUGUUCAGCCUCAUCACGGGCCCCCGCCGGCGGACUCAUCCCUCAACGGGCCACGGCCUGCUGCUGCUAAAGACUACAGCCAUCAAAUGCACGAACACUUCAUCCCGCCGGCUCCUCCUCCACCUCCACCCCUGAUCCCAUCGUCUCAGACGGCCUUUGACAGCACGUCUGGCCCUCCAUCUCUGGCUCCGGGGACAAUGGCGUCUCUGCGGCCCUACAGCCCGUCCCCUCCACCCGCUCCUCCAUCUGGCUACACCGCUUCUCCUGCACACGCUGUGAUGGGUGGGCCUCCGGUGGCUCCGCCUCCUCCUCCUCCAGGGCCGCCCACUCACGCUCCGUCCCCGUCCCGGGCCGCUCACCCGUCCGGAGACUCCACUCUGCCCAGGAAGGGCCCGGUACCCCUCAUCCCCAUGAGCGACGCCCGCAGCGACCUGCUAGCCGCCAUACGCAGAGGCAUUCAACUCCGCAAGGUGCAGGAACAGAGAGAGCAGGAGGCCAAGAAAGAGCCGGUGGGUAACGAUGUGGCCACAAUCCUGUCACGACGCAUCGCCGUAGAGUACAGCGAAUCUGACGAGGACUCGGAGCCCGAGGAGAACGAAUGGUCCGAUUGAGACCCAGAAACUGAGACCACCAUCAUGAUGCUGCUAUUCUCCAUUCCUGCACAGAAACACACUCACUCCUCAUCCAGCAAAACUCGACUGGUGCAAUGCAAAGAGGAAGGACCGCGUGUGCAGAAACAGACAGGUGAUAAUAGCCUAAUAGCCAAACACUAAUACUGGUAAACAUCUGUAGAAUUAACAGGAUGAAUUUACUGGUUAACCAAAAAAUGAAGAUUAUCCCAUGAUUUAGUCACUCUUAAGGUCUCCUAGGCGUAUAUGACUUUCUUCUUUCAGAGCAAUACCAUGCAAAUGUCAACCUUGCCAUGAACAAAACGUUUUCACCAAAAUAUCGAAACCUUUUUAAAGAUUUUUGUGUAAGUGUGUAUCCCAGCAGACACACAACAUCAUAAGACGUUAAUAUUAGGUUCGAUUUAAGCAGUGCUUAAUUUGUGAAUUGCAAGGUCCCGGAACAGAUCAGGGUAACAGAUCCAGCAGCUUCAUAAAGUGUUGUCUGUAACUAGUGCAACAACAAAAAAGCUAAUCAAAAGUGGGAAAAUAAGAUUAAGGGCUCUAUUUGAACAAUCUAGACGCAAAGUCUAAAGCGCAUGGCGCAAAAGCAUUAAGGGCGUGUCUGAAUCCACUUUUGCUAUUUUAAGAACAGUGAAAUUAGCUCUGCGCCCCGGCGCAUGGUCUAACAGGGUUGUGCUUAUCCUCUUAAUGAGUUCAGGGUGUAUUUUGAGUAUAUUGUGCAUUAAACCAAUCAGAGUGUCAUCUCACAUUCCCUUUAAGAGUCAGUUGCGUCGCACCAUGGUGCAUUUGCUAUUUACAUGGCGACUUUGUAAGUGUAAAAACUGAACGCUUCACUAGCAAGAAAACAGUUAAACAGAGCAUCUGCAGCAUGAGGAUAAAGAACGAGCCUCCUCCAUUCAGCCUCUUUACUUUACUUUUACUCUUCACUUUACUCCUUUACUUUGGUGGAGUGAGGAAACGGUGGAAACUCACUCCACUAGUGUACAUAUUUAAUUUAGUUUGUUAAGCGCAAAGAUUUGUGUCAAAACUAUUUCUAAUUUCAGUUCUAAUCUCCAGCAAAGGAAUAAAUGAACAAUAAUAAUGAAAUGUGGUCAAAAAACUGAGUUAUAUCCAAACACACGUCCUGUUCUUAUGCCCCAUAUGGUGAUGUAGACGUCUAGAAUACCAGACAGGUGGACAAAUCUAAACUUGUGUUUAUUAAAACAAAUAUAAAUAUGCAGAUAAUCAAUAAUACUGCUAAUAAUAAUAACAUUAUACAGAUGCAGAUUGUCAUGAAUAAACUGAAAAAGCCCCCCGAGGUGAAGAAGGCAUGGAGGCAGUGGUUUUUAUAUUUAUGUAGAAAAUAAUCAUUUUUGUAACAUUUUAACCCUUUAAUUGUUUUCAUUUGUAAAGAUAUUUGUGUAUUGCUGUUCAUCCUGUGUGUAUUCAGCAGUGUGUAAGCGUUUGGACACGCAUAGGCGCAUAACUAACACACUCUGCGCUGGACUUUAGAGCAGUUUUUAGUUGGUCAAUGGUGCGGUCUAUUUCAGUUCCUCAAAAUAGCAGCGCAUGAACAAUGCGCCUUAACACACCUCCUUUAUAGACCAGCACACACAUGAGUCCACAAAGGGGUGCAAAUGGAUUUGCUAUUUAAACAAAGUGGCGCAAAGCAUGAAAAUUAGAGUUGCGCUGGUCUGAAAAUAGCAACAAAUCACGCCAAACAUGUCUUGAGCAUUAUUGUGCCGGGUGUAUGAUAGGCCCCUAGGGCCUACCUAAUCAUCUAAAAAAUAGAAGUUACAUAAAUCAGUUUAUAUAUAGUAAAAUAUAGUAAAUAUAGUUAUUUUUCUUACAAAAACAAAUAAAUACAGGAGACCAUGACAUGAAGCAGUGUGGGCACUUUUUAUUUAGGAUGGAUGCACUUUAUUGGACUUUAAUUAGCCGCAGUUAGCCAUUGUAGAGCUGGAAAAGCACACAAUCAAAUUUAAGAUAACAAUAUAAACUGGAUUUAACUGAAAUAAUAAUAAAAUCACCUUAAGUGUGAGUAAAUCAUGGGAUAGUUUUCAUUUUAUGUCCUUAAUUAAAAUAUUCACUGUUCACACACAGCAGAAAUCCAGCAAUUAAAGGGUAAUUUAUCAUUCCAGAAAACUGCCAGAACUAACUUUCCAAUAACUUUUUAUUAAAAAUGGACCUAUUCACACAUGAUCACGUCACUGUAAUUUAACAGUAUUUUUUCCAGAAAAGUCUGUAUGCGUGAAAGGGGCUAUUAUAAUAACGAAAGAACGAGGUGAGGUCAAACUUUAAGACUUUCAGAGUCUCAUUCUUACGAUGUAAAUUCACCAUUUGCCAAGAAAACACUUUAAAACAUAUUCGUUCUGUGAUUUUGAUGAUAUAUUUUGCUAGUUGUCCAGAGAAUAUAGCGAACUGCAUAUCCAUCUCUUGUGGUACACAGAAAUGAUGGUGAACAGCGGUGUUUUAGCACUUGUAUUAAUCUUCUGCUCAAAUCAUCGCCACAGUAUUGUUUCUCUGACUCGAGACGCCCUAAACGCUGUAUGGACAAUCAGUUCAACGCUAUAAUCAAAGUACAUUUCUCUCUGCGUUAUACAAGAUUCGUCACUGUGCUCAAUCGUGGACGGUGUUGUGCUGAAUAUUUAUACCCCGAUUUAACAGUGAGUAAAUUUAUUGAUGCUUUCAUUAUUAUUUUAUUUUUAAUUCCGUAAAGAACAGAUGUGGCCAAUAAUUUAUUACUGCUUGCAGUUUACUAAUAGUGUGUGUAUUGUGUGUGUGUGUGCCUAAAUGUGUAAGACGAGGUGACAACGUGCAAGACUGUGACAUCUGCCAUUUUUAGACUAUUAUAAUUUAUAACAAUACUGGGUCAUUUAAAGUACUGUAUCAUUAAUGUGUUUUACAAUUUAUGGUUGUAUAGAUUUUUGUAACACUGCUCAAGAGCCGGAGGUGGCAAUCUUACGCUUAAGCUGUAAAUCAUGUUGUAGAAACAGAGCUUAAUG